AUGAAUCAAAAACAUUAUCUUGUUCCAUCAUUUCUGGCCUCAAAGGGAUUGGUUAAACUUCACAUCGACUCCUUCAAUCAUUUUAUUCAAACAGAAAUAAAAAAUAUUGUCCGAGCAAACAGUCGUGUCAGUGUUCCAGAAGCCAAUUGGUGGUUAGAGUACAAUGACAUAUAUAUCAAACCUCCAACAGUAAAUGAUGGAGGGGUUGUCGCCAGCCGUGUUACUCCUCAUGACUGCAGACUCCGUGACCUAACAUAUGCUGGCGAAAUUCUUGUUGACGUUACGUUUGUUAGACAGAACGAAGUAGUGUCGAAAAAAGGUGUCCUUAUUGGUCGCAUGCCAAUCAUGCUAAAAAGCUCCAUAUGUGUACUAAAUGGUAAAAGUCCUUCGGAGCUUAUGCGACUUAAAGAAUGUCCAUUAGAUCCUGGCGGUUACUUCAUUAUUGGUGGUACUGAAAAAGUAGUUCUCAUGCAGGAACAAACUUCCAAGAAUCGUCUGAUCAUUGAAGAAGAUAGUAAACGUGGAUUAGUGUGUUCUGUGACAUCGUCCUCUGCUCAAACGAAAUCUAAGACUAACAUCGUCACGAAAGAUGAUAAAUUUUACCUUUCUCAUAAUUCCUUCAUCGUGGAUGUCCCUAUUGCCAUAUUGUUUAAAGCAAUGAACAUUACUUCUGACCAGGAACUAUUGCAACUUAUUGGGACAGAAGAAUCUGUUUGGGCUAACUUUGUUCCUAGCCUUAAAUUAUGUUUGGAAUAUAAUAUCCAUACCUGCUUAGAUGCUUGCAAUUGGUUACAUUCACGUUUAAGACAACCUCGAUAUCGCACUGCUUUCGGAGCUAGUAGGACGCUACGAACUGCUGCUAAUAUUUUAGAGACAGAUAUUAUCUUAGAAAUACAGAGAUUUUUACGAGAUAUAAUUAUUACACAUAUUGAAAUGGAAAAACUUAACUUUGCGCCGCGUGCAUUCUUCUUGGGUCAGAUGGUUCGUUAUUUAAUACUAGCCAACGAAAAACGUAUUCCUCCAGAUGAUCGGAUUUUUAUGGGAACAAACGUAUCGAAUUGGCUGACAUUUAACGAAGAUCUCUGGUUAACAGUAUCCAAGAUUGAUACAAAACGCCGAUGUACACCUUUUGAUAUAUCUCGACAUAUUAAAACGUGGAUGAUAACCGAACAGUUAAAUAGAGCAAUUUCUUCUGGAAAUUGGAUCAUAAAACGAUUCCGUAUGAUGCGACAUGGUGUUACACAAGUUGUUAGCCGUUUAUCUUACGUUGCUGCCUUAGGACAUAUGACUCGAAUGACGAGCCAAUUUGAAAAAACUCGUAAGGUCUCUGGUCCACGUUCUAUUCAUGCAAGCCAAUGGGGUCUUAUCUGCCCAUCUGACACACCUGAAGGGGAAGCUUGUGGACUUGUUAAAAAUGUUGCUCUCAUGUGUCAUGUUACGGUCGAAGUAGACGAUGCACAUUUGAUUGAGCUAAUUAGCAACUAUUAUACAUUUCCACUCUACCAGAUGAGAUAUGCUAAAAAUGAGUACGUAAUAUAUGUAAAUGGAAAACCGAUUGGAUUCACUCAACACCCUGGGAAACUAUGUGUUUUGAUUAGAGGUCUUCGGCGUUCGGGUAGAAUUCACGGCUUUGUUUCUGUUUAUAUUAAGCAAGCUUAUCAGUGCGUUCAUGUCGUUAGUGAUGGUGGCAGAUUCUGCAGGCCUUAUAUUAUUCUGUGCAAUGGAAGACCACUCGUAACGGAAUCUGUUCUUCAGGAUUUACGCCACAAUGUUCUAAAUUGGGAUGAUCUAUUGAAAAAAGGGUUAGUUGAAUAUUUGGAUGUUAAUGAACUCAACGAUUGUCUGGUUGCAAUGGACGAGUCCUGUUUAACCGACGGUAAUCACUAUACUCAUAUGGAAAUCGACCCCGCCACAAUUUUAGGUGUCGUUGCUGGUUUAAUUCCUUAUCCGGAUCACAAUCAAUCUCCCCGAAAUACUUAUCAAUGUGCUAUGGUCAAAACUAUUCAAAUGAUGCAUUUUGAUGAGCUUCCUGCCGGUCAAAAUGCAGUUGUAGCGAUAAUGUCUUAUUCUGGGUAUGACGUUGAGGAUGCAUUGGUUAUUAACCAGGCUGCAAUUGAUCGAGGUUUUGCUCGUGCUUGCGUUUAUCGUCGGUCGGGUGUUCAUCUCAAAAUGCAUGAAAAUGCAGUUUACGAUCGCUUAAUGGGUCCUAGCAUAGAGCGAGAGACCGGCGUUCUUCGUCGUGGAGAUGAGGUGCUUCAGGCGGAUGGAGUUGCGUACAUUGGCGCUUGUGUUAACGACCGUCAAAUCCUUAUCAAUAAAGAAAUGCCUGUUGUUAGUUCAAGCGCUGUAUUGGAUAAUGCGGGAUCGCUUAGUUUAAAUGUGAAUACACCUGAGAACGCGACGGAAUUUAAACGUUGUCCCGUAGACUACAAAGGGAUAGAACCGUCCUAUGUAGAAAAAGUUAUGUUUUCCACAUCAGAAGGAAACCAGGCAGUAGUAAAGAUAUUGUUGCGUCAAACUAGAAGACCCGAAGUUGGCGAUAAGUUUUCCAGCCGCCAUGGUCAAAAAGGAGUCGUUGGACUUAUUGUUCGUCAAGAAGAUUUGCCUUUCUCAACGAAUGGCCUUACUCCUGACAUCAUAAUGAAUCCUCAUGGAUUUCCCAGUAGGAUGACGGUGGGUAAAUUGUUAGAAGUCUUGGGUAGCAAAGCCGGGGCCAUCGAAGGAAAAAUUCGAGACGGUUCAGCGUUUUCUGGGGAUCCUGCUGAAGUCCUUUCACAAGUACUUAUUGACCAUGGGUAUCAUUAUCUUGGCAAGGAGAUUUUGUAUUCUGGAGUUACUGGAGCCCCGCUUGAAGCGUUUAUUUACUUUGGUCCUGUUUAUUACCAGCGACUUAAGCAUAUGGUUAUGGAUAAAGUACAUGCUCGCUCACGCGGGCCCGUCACAGCAUUGACUCGACAGCCGACGGAGGGUCGUAGUAGAGAAGGAGGUUUACGAGUUGGAGAAAUGGAACGAGACUGUUUUAUUGCUUAUGGUACUUCACAAUUACUAUUAGAACGUCUUUUGCUUUCCAGCGAUGCCUAUGAUGCAUGUGUAUGUGAAAAAUGUGGUUUGUUAGCUACAUCACCUAACUGGUGUCAGUAUUGUCGAAGUAGCCGUCAAGUUGUUUCUGUCCGUAUGCCGUAUGCCUGCAAGCUGCUUUUCCAAGAACUGAUGUGCAUGAGGAUUCUGCCGCGCCUUCGUUUAAGGACUGCUUAUCAUAGCAGUAUAAACACUAAAUCUAAGUGA